GGCGGCUUGCACAGGCACAGCUCUCAGAGUCUCAGCCCAGCUCAGUUCGAAUCUCGCGGCCCGGCGUAGCGCACGUCUCUACUCUGCUUCCUGCAAGUAUACCUGUGCGCUUUCUCUUCGAUAAUCCUUCGCCUGUGCUUACCAGAGCUGUUAGCCGAGUGUCACAGCUUGCAUAGCACGAACGUCCGCAGUGUGUGCGAAAACUGACCAGUGCGCGAUAUAUACCUACAUUUAUAUUUAUAUAAUAGCCUGUAGUGUCCGAAGGAGAACGGGAGCCAAGAUGAACCGCCGCCUGCUCGUCGCCGGCUUCGCGCUGCUGCUCUGCGUCGGCCAAGGCUCGAGUUUGCCGGCGGAGAAGCUGCCGCAAGACCAGGCGGACGACGAUGCCCCGGAGGCGGCCGACGAAGCCAGAAAGAGCGGCCCGGUGCUGCCGCUCACCGAGUCGCACCUCUUCCGAGUCGAGCUGGGCGGCGCCGUUCGCAUGCCUUGCCAGUUCAGCAACGUCGACCCUGACGUGGCGAUAAGCUGGAAACGGGACGACGAGCUUCUCUUCCUGGAGGAGACCAAGUUCGCGGGCGACCCGGAGAACCGCUUCAGUCGCCUAGCCGACAACAGCCUGGAGAUCUCGAACGCCAAUGAAGCCGACGGCAGGGCCAAGUUCGUGUGCACCUACCUGGAGGAGGAGCGCGGGCCCAACAACCCGAAGAUCGUGCACCGGAUCGAGAUCGCCUCGGCCGGCAGCGACGACGAGGGCUUCAUCGUCGUCACGCCCAGCGCGAUGAACGACGUCGAGCAGGGCGCCAACCUGACCCUCGGCUGCGAGGUCCGCGGCCAGAACCUCAUCGACAAGACCAAGAGCAUCUCCUUCGCCCGAGAGGGCCACCGCGUCAAGCUCGACGAGGAGACUCGACACAGCAUCGCGCUGAGGGUGAGCAACGCCACGAGACACGUCGCCGGCGACUACCAGUGCCUCGUCGAGAUCGGCGCCGCCCGGCCGCUCAUCAAGCACCUCAAGCUUCGCGUCAGACACGUGCCGGAGAUCGAGCACGAGAAGGAGCAGCUGGGCGCGCAGGUCCGGGCGAGGGACCACUACUUCACCGGGCUCGGCAGCGGCGUCGUCAGCAAGAUCGGCUGCGUCGUCCACGCCCACCCGCCGGUCACCAGGAUGCACUGGCUCAAGGACGGCCAGACGCUCAGGACCGACGAGCGCCACCUGAUCAAGAGCGACGAGGUCAAGAGCCACCACGUGCUCACGAUCAACGGCACCUCCAAGGCCGACCUCGGCGAGUACCGCUGCAAGGCCUGGAACGAGCUGGGCGAGGCCGUCGGGCCCGCCAUCUACCUCACCGACAGCCCCAGCCAGCCCGUCUUCAGGAGCGGCGCCGCCGUCGACGACUCGAUCGAGCUCCAGUGGAGCGUCAUCAGCUACAAGCCCAUCGUCCAGGCCGACGUCGUCUACCGCAAGCAGGCUGAGUCCGCGGAGAACUGGAUCGCGGCCAAGGACGUCAAGGUGGUCAGCAGCCUGGGCAAGGAGCACGUCAUUCAGGGCAGGAUCCAGGGCAUCGCUCCGGGCCUCUACGAGGCCAGGGCCAGGGCGCGCAACGACGAGGAACACGCCGACGACAGCCAGGGACUCGCCUGGGGGCCUUUCUCCGACCUCAAGAAGUUCAACGGAGAGUACAAGGACGACGCCGAUGCCGCCAGUGUGAGGGGCUCCGCGGCCAAGCCGAGCGUCAGUUCGAUGACGCUGCUGCUGCUGCUGCUGCUCGUGGUCUCGCCGUUGGCCUUACGCUCGCGCCUCUAAUCGUCCUCGAGUACUUACUCCACCGAGCCGACAUAGGUACACAAUUUGCAGCCAAAGCGUUCACCAGCAGACCUCGUGAUACAGACGGACGUCAUCGCGCACGAAACUACUUACUGAAGAGGAACAGUCGCAGCCGUUCUUGCAUCCCGCAUAGAGCCAAAGACGAGCCCAGCGGCAGCGCCAGCCGAUCAGCUCUCUUUCAUCUAUGGGCUUCUUCUCCUCAUCGCACGCCUGCGACUAUUCCGGCAGCUCAUCGCACUGCACUAUAAGUAAUUAGCAACGACGAACGACUAUCCCAGAGCACGACUACACCUACACUGCAGCCCACAAACAGUACGAUGCCAUAGCUACAUGCCUAACGUCUAGAUCGUCGUCCUAUAUCCUAGAGAGGGAGAACGAGAGCGAAAGCUCGCGGAUCAUGCAUAUGUCGCCCAUAUCAUGCGAGUACAACUCUACGAGUCAUAUAAUCUAUCUCUAAUUUUUCUUCCCGAAUUUUUAUUCCUUUGUGAAUAGUAGAGACCGGACACGCAGUAGUGGACAGUUGCAAUUUCGCGCAAGCUGCAUCCCCGUCUGUAAAUGUUGCCCAUUUCGUCUCUGAUGGAUAUUCGCCGACGCAGUGAAAAAGAAGCUACGAGUUUUCCAAUAGUUUCGCGAGUAGAGCGGAAGAGGCCCUGCAUGCGGGCCUGUGCUUCAUUCCGAGAUAGAUCUUCGCUCUGUCUUCGCGAUUCGAUUCGUCGCGCUCAAGAAUCAUUCGAAAACUGCAGUUUCGCCAGUCUUUGUAUUUAUGCAACACGUCACGAGUCUCCUAGGUGUGCCAUUUUAACGUUCGCGUUACGUACAUUACUUUAUAGCCGAGCCGGUCAUUAGGCGGAGAGAUAAGGAGAAAAUGAUUAGCGAUGGCAGAAAAGCAUUUUACUUUAUGAAACCUACGAGUAUAAGGUAUAUAAGAGAUAUAUUCUAUACAUAAAUAUAUUUUAAAUAAUUUAUAUACAGAGUAAAAGAGAAGAAGAAAAGACACACCGACGCUCUGCAGCAAAAAAGUAUUCGCCCCCAUGCGUACACGUUGAUAAGUCAAAAGCAGAUUUAUGUACGCGAUCGACGCUAUAAUUUAUUUUUGUAUGCUUGACUUAUAUUUUGUUGAGGAAAGAAUUUUGAAUCUACUGCGUUCUAUUAGAAUUGCUUACAUGCCACACACGUUCUUCGAAGCAGUAGUUUGGCAAGCAAACUUUUAUCUUUUUUAUUUAUACUUUUUAAGCAUGCCUUACGUAACUUAUUUCGGAAAGUUGAGAACUUUUCGCGUCAAUUGUGUAAGCGUUCUUAUCAAAAACGAUGAAGAUAUUCUCUGAUCAGAGCAAUUGUUUUAAAUAAUGCUCUGAUGUCAUCGAAUAAUUCUUUCGAAGGAGAAAUUAGUUUUGUCGCGAACGACCCUCCGACAAUUUGCCUUUCAAAAUAAAAAGAAAAACAAAUAGACGAUAAUAUUUUUGCAGCCACGUUUAAAACUGCCGUUCAAUCGCUGCUACUUGAGCGAGAGAAAAUGACGAGAUACAAGUGCCGUUAGUCGAACGUUUCGCGUUACGAUGCGUAGUUGAAGGGAAGAACGAGAAGAAAUGUCGUUUUACGCGACGGUUUACGAAAGUAUAACAAUGCCCGAGAGUAAAUUGUUCUAAACUACUACUAUACGCUAUAUACAAUUUAAAAUAAAAGUUAGACAAAUAGAGAUAUCAUAUACGUUACCUAAGAUAAUGCAUACCUAUUAUACUGUAAUUGUAAUUGUGCGAUUGUGUCAAGGAGGAGUGUAUGUUAUAAUAAUGUGAAUACAUGCGAGAAAGGAGCUCGUUGAUGCUAAGCGCGGCAUGCGUUCUAUAUUAUUAAUAUUAUUAUUAUUAUUAUUAUUAUUAUUAUUAUUAUUAUUAUUAUUGUAUUAAACAAAUUAGGAUUUAUUUUGAAAAUUGUCCUGCUGAAGAUAUUUUUUUAAACGGCAGCGUCGAUUCAACGCAAUCAAACGAUACAACAAAGAGCGCACGACGCAGGCAUACGCCAAACGAAUCAAAAUUGAAUUAUUCAAAUGAACAGUCAUUGACAUGCCAGUGUUUUUAGACAAAAAUAUCUUCAUCGGUGCACUUAGUGUAAGAGAGGAGGCCAGGCAUUUCAAUUAUUGCCCCGUUGAUGGCCAGAACAUCGCGAAUUCUAGGUGCGAAGCCUUAAUUCCUUGCGUCCAUUAUGAUCUUUAGAAGAAUUGCAGAGGCAGCUAAACUCUGCAAGGCAUUGAACCUUAAAAGGGCAAAAUUACUUGUGGAAUUUUUAUUUAAGAACAACAUUUUUUAUGGUAAACAAUGGAUAUUAUAAGCAUUAGCUCGGUCAACUAGUUAAAUUGCUUCUUUACCAGACAGUCCAAAUGAUUAGGUGGUUUUAUCAACGUAGCCUUAUUAUUAACUAUGAAAAAUCGUUUUCCUUUACGACAAUAUAUAAAAGAGAAGAUUACAUUUAGCAUUAUAUGUUACUUGUGAUGUGCGCUAGGGAAAUCAUUUUUACUGCGUAUUUGAUGAGUAUGAUAGAUUUAUUUCUUCUUGUCCGUUAAAGGUGCAGAGAACUGUAUAUAUAGGUAUAUACGCGUUCUCUUUUCCUAUAUUUUUACUUGCGAACUUUUCCUGUAAUAUCGAACCAAUCUGUAUAAUCUUGUAAAAUACGCUUAUACUAUUUUUUGCUAUAAAGACUUCUGUGUGACAGUUACGAUGCAUUGCUAUCGACUAAUACUUUUAACGCGUUGGCACAUUAAUUGGCACGUUAAUUAAUACUUUUGUUUUUUAUACCUGUCACUUUUUUUCAAAUCUAUACUUACGAGGAAAGGAUCAUGUUCGACGAAAGAAAAUAGAACAUAAAAUAUAACUGUUGAACAAUCAAAAGAAUCUUUAUGGACUGCUUUGCAGUUUUCAAUCCACACAAUACAGCUUAUCGUUGCCUUAAUGUUUGUAACUUGUACAAUCACAGAAUAAUGUAAAAUAUAUGUUAUAAUCAUAAAA